ACUUCACCUCCUCGGCCAUAUAACCCAUUCCCUCCCAGAUCUUUCCUUCCGCUGAAAGCGCUACCGGCCUUAACUCCGAUGGCGACGGGAUCGUAGCAAAUGACGUAAGCUAAUGGCUGAGCUGCCGGCUCGAAGCCGCACUCCGGCGCAGAGUCCGAAUACCCUUUUCUCCUUACAGUCCAGAAUCUCGCCGGACCUGAAUUCCCGCCGCCAUUACCGCCGCAGGAGGAUCCGGAGUGCUGCAUUUACUGGAGGCGGAGGUAAUAUACGAAGAAGCCCAGCCACUCCAUUCUUGCAAUGGAAGUUCGACGAAACGAUCGAUCUUUCCGGCGAGACACUCAUGAAGGACAGAGAAGCGGUGGACGAAUCGCGGCCGUCCUUUUCAGCGAGGAGGCUCGCAGCUGGGAUUUGGCAACUUGGGCAACUAGAAGACGGUGGUGGAAGGAGAAUGAAUCAGGGUUUGGAGCUACACCUGCCUUGUUCUUCUCAUGACAAUUGCAUCAACAGUGAAUCUAGUAGCCCUUUUCCCAUAAAAAAUCACAAGGGAAACAUUUCACACAAGCUUGAAGCUUCAGCCUCACUACUACACCCCUCAAUAGAGAGGGCAACAAAAUGGGACCCUGGAUGUCCAAACUUAUUGAAAGAUUCUUAUGGCUUGUAUGGUAGUCUGAAACACCUCGAAGACCAGCAAUCUGACAUGAUGUCCAUCGUUUCUUUUCUUCGAUCCGAGCUUCAGCAAGCUCGGUCCAGAGUAAGCGAACUCGAGGCAGAACAACUGUCCGCUAAGAAAAAGCUCGACCACUUCUAUAGAAAAAUUGAAGAUCAGAAAGUUCAAUGGAAGAGAAAAGAGCAUGAGAAGAUCCGUUCUGUAAUUGAUUCCAUGAAGGAAGAUUUGGGUAGGGAGAAGAAAAACCGGCAGAGACUGGAAAUUAUGAAUUCCAAGCUUGUUCGUGAGCUUACCAAGACAAAGUUAUCAGCAAAGCAGUUCUUACAAGACUAUGAGAAAGAGAAUAAGACUCGUGAGCUUCUGGAAAAAGUUUGCAAUGAGCUGGCCAAGGAGAUUGGGGAUGAUAAGGCUGAAGUUGAGGCGCUGAAAAUUGAAACUUUGAAGACCAGACAAGAAGUUGAAGAGGAAAGGAAAAUGUUACAGAUGGCUGAGGUUUGGCGUGAAGAAAGGGUGCAGAUGAAGUUAAUAGAUGCAAAGCUAACCCUUGAGGAGAAGUACUCACAACUAAGCAAGCUACAGGAGGAGAUAGAAGCUUUUUUGAGGUCCAGAAAUGGAACUGGCUUUGAUGUUUCAGAGAUGAAACAAGCAGAAGCUCUUAAAGACUUAUCUUACCAGGCCCUGCCAGCUUCACAAGAUAUUUUUUCAAUCUUGGAACAACUCCAGCCAAGACAACAAGUUAAUGAGAAAGAGAAAGAACAAUGCAAUGGAUCUGUGACCAUUGAGGUUAAUGGUGUUUCGGAGAAACCCAUGAAUGGGUGCAAUAUCUUGAUGCUUGAUGGAAAUGGUGAUGGAGAAGAUGAUAGUGGAUGGGAAACUGUGAGUCAUUUGGAAGAGCAGGACUCAUGUAAGUCACCUAAUGGAAGCGAACCUUCUGUUAAUGGAGUAUAUGUAGAGAGUCAGGCAUCGAUAAGCGGGACAGAUUGGGAUGAGCUUGGAGAUGAUGAGAAACAAAAUAGUGUGAUCAACGAGGAUUUCUCUGUAACCACGAAGCAGUCAAGAAAGAAAGGUUCUGCCAUAUCCAGGCUCUGGAAGUCAUCGAGAGCACGUAAUGGCGAGGAUUUGAAGAAUAUUGCUUCUGAGUUAACCAGUGGUAGGCUUUGUAAUGGAAGGCUAUCUAAUGCCACUCUAUCACCCGCAAGGAAGUCUGGCGAAACAGGCCUGAGCUCGUCUAGUGUGGGCAAUUGGAGCUCUCCUGAUCUGCUCAACUUUGAAGGAAUGAAGGGUCGUGGAGUAUGGCCCUGGGGCUCUAAGAAGCAAAGCAUGAAGGCAAAACUCUUGGAAGCAAGGAUUCGAAGUCAGAAGAUUCAGCUUCGCCAAGUCCUCAAACAGAAAAUGUAAUGCAGCAGCCUGGACUGAACUAUUUAUUCAAAUUUUGAACCUGGCUUUUAUCCAUCGAUGAAUUUUUUUCAGAAUUGUCUUUAUAUGGUUUGUUUAGUCACUUCCUGAAAGGGUAGAUUGGGUAAUGUUUUUAUUUAUAGUAUGAGAAACUUAUUUCCCAUUUGAUCCUUUUGCACCCAGCAUUUUAGCAGAAUUUGUAUUUUCUGGUUU